GCCCGGCACUCGGCGUUCCUGAGGGUGGGGCGGGGGCAAGAGUCAGUCAGGUCGGGAGCGGCUGGGUACAAGCGAGACCGCGGCACAGACCGGGCGUCCUGGCCGCUGCCGCUUGGUUCGCCCAAGAUGGAAUUCCUCCUUGGGAACCCGUUUAGCACGCCUGUGGGGCAGUGUCUCGAAAAAGCAACAGACGGCUCCUUGCAGAGUGAAGACUGGACAUUGAACAUGGAGAUCUGCGACAUCAUCAAUGAGACAGAGGAAGGGCCAAAGGAUGCCAUUCGAGCCCUGAAGAAGCGGCUCAGUGGGAACCGGAACUACAGGGAAGUAAUGCUGGCACUGACGGUACUGGAAACAUGUGUGAAGAACUGUGGCCACCGGUUCCACAUCCUUGUGGCCAACCGAGACUUCAUUGACAGCGUUCUGGUCAAAAUCAUCUCUCCCAAGAACAACCCUCCCACCAUUGUGCAGGAUAAAGUGCUUGCUCUGAUCCAGGCAUGGGCAGAUGCCUUUCGGAGCAGUCCUGACCUCACUGGUGUGGUCCACAUAUACGAGGAGCUGAAGAGGAAGGGGGUUGAGUUUCCCAUGGCAGACUUGGACGCUCUGUCUCCCAUCCACACUCCCCAGCGGAGUGUCCCAGAAGUGGAUCCAGCCACGACCAUCCCCAGGUCCCAGUCACAACAGAGGACAACUACUGGCUCCUACUCCUCACCUUCUCCUGCUUCCUACUCUGCUCCUCAGGCCCCAGCUCUGAGUGUAACUGGUCCCAUCACAGCCAACUCAGAACAGAUUGCCAGGCUGCGGAGUGAGCUGGAUGUAGUUCGGGGAAAUACAAAAGUUAUGUCUGAAAUGUUAACAGAGAUGGUUCCCGGGCAGGAGGACUCAUCUGAUCUGGAACUGCUGCAGGAGCUGAACAGGACCUGUCGGGCCAUGCAGCACCGCAUUGUGGAGCUCAUCUCCCGUGUGUCCAAUGAGGAGGUCACUGAGGAGCUGCUGCAUGUUAAUGACGACCUCAACAAUGUCUUCCUCCGCUAUGAGAGGUUUGAGCGAUACAGGUCGGGCCGAUCGGUUCAGAACGCCAGCAAUGGAGUACUCAAUGAAGUGACUGAAGACAACUUAAUAGACCUGGGGCCUGGCUCUCCUGCUGUGGUGAGCCCAAUGGUGGGAAGUGCAGCACCCCCCUCUUCCCUCUCCUCGCAGCUGGCAGGGCUGGACUUGGGGACAGAAAGUGUCAGCGGCACCCUCAGUUCACUUCAGCAGUGCAAUCCUCGGGACGGGUUUGACAUGUUUGCCCAGACCAGAGGGAACUCCUUAGCUGAGCAGCGCAAAACGGUCACCUAUGAGGACCCCCAGGCUGUUGGAGGACUUGCUUCUGCACUAGAUAGUCGGAAACAGAGCUCAGAAGUGAGAGGGAAAGGUGGGGACUUUGACCUGGAGCCCAUAGACAGCUGGCUCAUGACCCAAGGAAUGAUCCCCGUUGCGCAGCCCUCUGUCAUGGACGACAUUGAGGUGUGGCUCAGGACGGACCUGAAGGGUGACGACCUGGAAGAGGGUGUCACAAGUGAAGAGUUUGAUAAGUUCCUGGAAGAAAGAGCCAAGGCCGCUGAAAUGGUCCCUGACCUCCCAUCACCCCCUGUGGAGGCUCCCACCCCAGCUUCCAAUCCUUCUGGCCGGAAGAAGCCCGAGCGGUCAGAGGAUGCCCUCUUUGCCCUGUGAGCUGCUCUGUGGUCUUCUCUGUGGAUGGCAGGUCAUGCUUGCUCCCUGUGGACACUGGGCACUGGCCAUUCUCCCUGCCCCUCACCCUUGGCCUGUGCACCUGUGUUGCUAUGGAAACACCUGCAUCUGCUCCCCUAGUCAGGACCAGCUUUUGCCACCUUCCUUCUCUGGGUGGUGGGACAGCCACACUGCAGCCAGAGGCCCUGUCUCUCCCUCCCCCAGGCUCCCUUGGCUGUUUGUCCUCCCAGGAAGAGCAGUUGCCCAGCCCAGGCAGAGUAGCCCCUUGACACUGCUCCUGAGCAGACCACCUGAAGUGUCUCCUCCAUCACCCACCCACAGAGAAUGGGGUCAGGCCCUGGCUUGCCACUCAUGCCCACAAAUGUGCCACCUCUGCCUGGCUCAGUGGAUUCCCUCCGGCCUGCUGCCCUCUGUAUCCUUCUGCCAAGAAUGGCUUUGUGUUUCUGCCUCUGGAAGAGCAGGGCUCAGACUCUUCCUUGGACUGUCACCUCAUGGCACAUAUUGUCUUGGCACUUUAGAGGGCUCUGUAGGGUGCCCACAUGGGGGUCUCUUGUGUUCUUGACCCUCUCUCCAUCAGUCAGCUGUUCACCCAGACCUCCUACUCUGGCUGGCUGGGCAGCCAGGCCCAGCUGAGGGGCCUCAGAGGACCUGCAGCUCCUGGUGUGGGAAGAGCCCAGUGCAGUUGGGAGGGCAGCACUAACAUAAACCCAGCUGCACCCUGCACACUCCAGCUAGCUACCCUUGGCCCUGUUGUGUGGAGAGGCCUGCACAGAGGUGCUGCUCUGCUGGCUUAGGAAAGUGAUCCAAGCUGGCCCUGCCUGCAGUGGCCUCCACUCACCACCUCUAGGCCCAGCAGCAGACAGCUCUGUACCACACCAGGAGGUUCCAAAGGAUCAAGUGGCCAGAGUGACACUAAGGCCCCAUACCUCUCCCUGGCAAGGGCCCCAGACCCACCAUGGGCAGUGUGACCUGACAUCUCACAUGACCCCAGCCACCAAUUUGCAGAUCCUGAAGACUCACAGCCCAAGGCUGAACAGAUGGGGGCUGGUGACAUCUGCUUCUGUCCCGUCUUCGUUGAUGUGUCUUCUAGCCCUGGGCAAGGAACUCACAGCACUACUCCAGCCCUGGUCCAGCUAACCCUUCUUGCCCCAAGCUGCCAUUACCCAGGAUGAGGAACGUGCUGCCACAUCACCCUGCUGAGCCUCUGCCCUUCCAGCACCCACUGCCCACAUCACCAGAGUUUUCCCUCCCAUUGUGUAAAAUGGCCUAGUGUUGUGCCUGUCACCCUCAGGGCACCAGCCCUGCAGAGAAAGGCCACUGUGAAAUGACUAGUGACUGGGCUCAGGGACAUAUGUAGGACCAGGACUACAGUGAGAGCUGUGGUGAGGACUCUAUGCCCAGCCUAGCACCCUCCAGAAAGGAGGACUGGUUUGGUUGGGACCAUCUGCAAGAUAGCAGGGAUGUCACAUUCAUUCCACAGAAUACCCAGGAAGCACCUCCUCAGAGUUUGGCCACCCUGCUUCCUUCCCUGCCCUGCCUUCUGUACUCCUUAGCCCUCAGGCAGCUCGUGCCCUCCUCACCCUCUUGGAAAGGCAGAGCCCUGAGGUAGCUAGCUGCAGAGAAGUGGCUGGGAUGGCCCAGGUGUGCCCAGCCUCUGCUGUCUGCCAGAGCUGGGCCUGUAGGUAGUGGUAGGCCAGGCCUAGCAUCCUGAGGAAAAAGCCAACUGCCUUGCCUUGUGGAUGGCACAGAGGAAGAGGGGCAUCUGCUGUGAGCAAGGCUGAGGUAGGUGCCCUCCUGGGAGUCCCCAGCAAAGUGUUCUUAGUACCUGUGUUCAGUGUCCCCAAGCCCCGGCAGGUUGGCCUGGCUUGGAAAGACUUGGCUGCUCUGUGGGCAGCAGGUACUGGAGGACUCCUGUGGGCUGAGGUGACACAGGUGUGAGGCCUGCACUGGACACAAGUGUGGGGAUGUUAUCUUGAGGCCUCUGGUUCCUGUCCUGCCAUCUGGGGCACAGUCCUCAGGCAACCUGCCUAGGGAAGGAGCAGAGGUCUGAUGGGAAAGCUGGACAUCAUGAGCCACCAGCCUCUACAAGUGUUAGAAAUCACAGAUACAGUAUAUACUUAAUUACACUAAAUUAUUGUUGGGAUUCCUCAUAAGCACUAAUUAUACCUGAUCAUAAGUUAAAAUAUUUAUUUUGUCAAAAUAUUUUCUUGGGGGGCCGGGGAUUUAGUUCAUUGGUUCCACUGCCUGGCUCACAAGCACAAGGACCAGAGUUUGAUCCCCGUACCAAAAAAAAAAUUUCUUGGGGAUAUGUUUACCCUUUUCUGUGUUUGUAUAUGCUGAGAUGUGAAGGCUCAUCAAUUCUUCCUGCCCACUUUACUGGCCAGCAGGUAGCAGUGAACUGCACCACAUACAUUCUGCCCUGGAUCCCAGCAGUGGCCUGCAGCUGGGCUUCUAAUGACCAGCUUGCUUCUCAGUGUGCAUAGGACACAGACUCCAAAGGAGGUUUUGGAGCCAAAAGGGCUUAUAGCUGGCCUGGGCCAGAGGGAAAGGUGACCAUCCAUCUGUCCUGUCUUUUUGUCCUCCCACUUAUUGUGACUGUGGCUUCUUGGCUUCCUGCGCUUCUCCCCACCCAGUGGUCUCGGGCCUGUGCUAUCACUGCAGCACCUUGGGAGUGAGGACCUGGCAUUACUCCUAUGCUGAGGGAUUGGUGUCCAGGAAUGGGCCAGUGGCAACAAGGCUCCUGCUUCUCCUCCUUCCUCUCCUAUCCUAACCCUUCCUGCUGAGCCCAGCCUUCUGGAUGGUGUAGGGUAGACCAUAGGCCUUCUGGGACCAGGCCAGCCCUUGCUUGGGAAGAGCUCAUGGACUAGUGCUAGCCUGCCUAUGGCCCUUGCACUACCCAGUUGGCCCAUGCGCCUCUCCAUGGUCUUCUGUUGGGAUACUUGGGCUCUUCCUCCAUGUUCAGCCACACGGGAGAAAAGCCUGUCUCCCCCACACAUAAAGGAAUGUGUUUCUACCCCAGAGAUGCUUCCUGUCAGCCCUGUAGGAUCUGCCUUUCCCAGUGCCCAUCUCCAGCCCUUCCUGGCCAUGGAGGCCCAAACUAGGCUUCCCCUGCAGCCACUAGCCUUGGGAACAGCUGUCAACCCUGCAUUAUGACUGCUUCUGUCAGUGUCCCAAACCAACCUCCAUGCUCGCCUGGAGAGUAAGCAACAGAUACUUUAUUUCCUAAAGUUUGCACUUAAUUUGUGAGGGUUCUCAGGGUCAUUGGGGGCUACUGAAAAGAGGAAUGUUUUGAGUUCAUUGUCCCCUUGUCCCAGAAGUCUGGUGUUAUUGUCACUGUCGUGUGUUUUUGUGGCCAGAGCUGGUUCUGGAGGGUGGGUCAGUGCUUAUACGGCUCAGAGUGACCCCAGAGUGUCUCCCCACCUCACUGGCUCUCCCAGAUGCUGUCUCUCUAGUUUGGGUUCUUGCAUGUAACGUACUCCACAAUAAAUGAAUAAUUGAACAAACCA